AUGACUGGAUUAGAGGUUGGCUCUCAAAUCGAUUUAGCACUUUUUCAAGAAGGAGACAAAGUUAAAAUUACUGGCACUUCUAAGGGUAAAGGCACUGCUGGAGUAAUUAAAAAAUAUGGAUAUGCGUUGGGAGCCAUGUCCCAUGGUGGUGGUUAUCCGCAUCGCUUAAUCGGUUCUAUGGGCGGUGGUCGUGGUACUAAUCAAGGUGUACCUAAGGGUAAAAAAAUGCCUGGUCGGAUGGGGAAUGAAAGAUUGAGGGAAAUGGCCGACCAAUUAUUUCCAGAGGCUAAUCAACCGAAAGGUUUUAACGAGGGAGAACUUACGGCCUCUAAUAUUGGUCAAAAAGAUUUCGACGAAAUAAUUAGUUUAAUUCAGCAAGGGACUUCUGGAAAACCAGGGAAAGGAAUGUAUCGCCUAUUUGAAGGCCGAAAAGACGGAAAAAAUUUUUUGCUCAAUAUUCCAGUGACUCAUUCUGACUUGACCAAUAUUCCGUUUGCUGGCCAAGAAUCAAACGAUAACAAAAAGGAGAAAAAUUUGAGGUUAAUUCUCAAAACAUUAGUCUUUGACAAAGAACAGCAAUUCGUAAGAGCGGACCGAACAAAGGAGAUAAAGAUUACUGAUACAAAAUUUCUUGGAAAGAAGUUGAAAAAGAUAAACGAAGAUUUGAAAAAGGAGAUUUUUUUGAAAUUGAGAAGUGAAAUAAAAAUGAUGUCAACAGCAAUGUCAGCGACAGCCCUCAAUCUCCCAAAAACUUAG